AUGCGCGCCAGCGUUCUUUAUUUGAUGUCAUCAGCCACGAUGGUUGUUGCUGCUGUUGUUCCCGCGGAUGUACCCAAGGGCUACGGACUGUACAUUCCCGAAUGGGAGUUUCAGACUCCAGAUGGAGAGAACAUCACCAUCAAGGGUACAAUCCAAGAGGUCUAUGCUACCCUCGGUAGUCUUAACCCUCAGAUGGCCCAGAUGAAUGGCUUCGAUCUUGAAGCAAUUCCGAAUGUUGCGCGUAGUGACGUGGAGAAGCGCGCCACGUUUCCCAGGGUCGAUUGCCAGACCUUGGAGGAGGGUCACACCGACAUGUAUGAGACGACCAUGGAAUAUCUCAGGAAGGUCCCAGGGAAACCGAAGAACUCUGCUGGCCCAAGAGAAUGUGGCCGCGUCAGCUGUGCUUGGAAGAGCGCGACUUGGUGGUGCAAUGAUGCUCUUGAGGAGAAGGAGCUUAGUUCAUUCGGUGAGAUUGCCGACGGUGUACAAAAGAUUUAUCACGAAUGCACCGACGUCGAUAAGCACUACUGGUGGUCCUCUGGUGAAGCUUACACCGACGAUGAUUGGAGUGUCCAAUUUGGGUACGCACCAUGCUAA